CUACUGCAUACGCUAUAAAAGUAGGUUAUAUCAGCUCAGAAUAAAGUGUUCAAUAUUUUAUCAGUUAUAUGAAGAUCAGAAACUUCUCCAAAGUCUUACACUAAAGCAUAAUUGUUGUAAACGUUACUAUUUAUAUUUGAAACAUUCACCACGCUACAUCAUCAGUGGUUGACAAUCUUUUACAAAAAGGACAAUGAGUUCAACUACUGAUGACAAAAAUAAUCUUACUGAAAAUAAUGAAAAUCCUAUCAAUGAGUGUAGUUCACCAACCACUUCUUUAUCUCACAACUCUCUUAUCAAUUCAUCAUUCUCACCAUCGCCUUCAUGUAUUACAGAUUUAUGCACUUGGUGUCAGAAACCAAAUCUUCAAACUUAUAAAUAUAAUUCAUUUUAUCAAUCUGUUAAUUUAGAUAAUACUAAAUAUAAAAUAAAACCUGUACCAGUUUGUUGUUCACAAAUAUGUUUUGAUAAUUUACGUCGUGCUUAUUUCAAAAAUCGUCGCAAUCAAUUAAACAGUCAAUUAUUAGAUGAAAUACUUGCUAUGGUAAUUUCUGGCCGAUUACCAUAUACAUCAGAUUCGGAUAAAGAAAAACUCGAUAAUAAAAGACAAUCAACUUUAUCCUAUCAAUCAAAUACUAGUUGCAACCCACCAGUUACUAUUACUAAUAUUACUACUAAUAAUAAAUUAUCAUCAAAGAAACGAUUCCAUAAUCAAUAUUCUGAUCAACAGCAUCAUUCAUUACAAGAUACUGUUCAUAAAUCUUCUGUAAAUAAUUCUCAAAGGUCAAAUUAUGAUUUCUUUUCACAUAUACAAAUGUAUUCACAAUUGAACAACUACAUAAAUAAAGAUAAUACUAAAAUGUCUAUUCCAUUAUAUGAUUAUAUUAUACAACGUUUUGAUAUGAAUCAAUUCAUAAAUAAUUCUAGAAAUAUCAUUAAUAUAGAUCAUAUUCCUAGUACAACUAUAACCAAUACAAAUACUACUAUUAUUACCAAUACUAAUCAUGAUAUAAACACAAAUCCUAAAAUUAUUACUAAUUUAAAUAAUGAAUUAAUCAAUUCAAAUCUGGAACCUAAUAAUCAAUUAAUUGAUCGUCAUAUAGAAAUCAUGAAUAUAAUAAAUCAAUUAUUAAUGUCUUCAAUUAAUCACAAUAAUAAUAAUGAUCAUAAUCAUAUAAUUACUACUACUAAUAAUAAUAAUAUAAAUAGUUUAGAUCAAUUAUUAAUUAUUCCAAUACCUAUACCAAUAUUUAAAAUGACACCAAAUAUAUUAAAUAUUUUACAUCAAUAUGGUUAUCAUUCAAUAAAUUCAUGUAAAUAUUAUUCUAAUAAACAAUUUAAUCUCGAUGAAACAAAUCAAACAACAAAUUUACAUAAAUUUAUAAUGAAUAAUAAUAAUAAUAAUAUAAGUAGUAUAAAUAACUUAAUUGAAAAUAAUUAUAAACAAACAAAUGAAAUCAAUAAAACACAAUUUAUUGAUUAUUUAAAUAAAACUAAUGAAAAAGCAUUAGAUUUAAGUUUAUCAAAUAAAAAAAUAACUUCUUAUUACAAUAAGAAUAAAUUAAAACAAAGAACAUUUUAUCAUAAAUAUCAACAACAAAAUAAACGUUAUUUGAAUAAGAAAUUAUUAAAACAAACAUUAUUAUCUGGUAUAUAUAAAUUAAUUAAUCCUAUAACAAAACAUUGUUAUACAGUUAAAAUUAUACCAAUUAAGUGA